AUCUGUGCGCAACUGCCUGUAUUUUUCAUGAUCACCUUCAACCCUGAUGAAGAAUUUGAAAACCUGUGGCGGAUUUCAAGGUGCCUGAUGCCACUCCAACAGGCUGCUGCAGAUUCACAUGGUGUUGUCUACGAUCUUUCUGGAGUCAUUUUCAACAAUCGAGAGAUAGGACACUUCAUUGCUGGCUACACUCUGGACCAGAAGAAAGUAUUUGCAUACAAUGAUAUGGAGGAUGGUGGCAGAGCAAAAUUGAUUAAGGGAGCUACUAUCUCAUCCCAUAUGGCUGACACCCUCAUGAAGCUACAGGGAGUCUCUGAAGGUGCAGGAAAAGGAGCACUCGCUCGCCAUGACAAAUUUUGGUAUCCUGUCAGACUCAUUCAAUUUCAUGGAGAGACAGAUGCAUGGAAAGUGUGGUGGUGGCAUGAAUGUAGGUUUCCUGCAGAUAGACCUUUGGAUCCACAGGUUGUUGUUCAAACAAGAAAUAUGGUCAAUGAGUUAUGGCAAGACAGGGCCAGGAGGCAUGCAAUUUGGUUUGGUCAGUGGACACAUGUGCAUGAUAUUUCUGUCAGUGAAGAUAUAAUC